AUGGCCGAAAAGCAGAUGGUCAGACCUGCCGCCGGCACCGUUGGCCAGAAGAUCCGAGUGACCGUUAAUGCCUACAAGGUCGCUCUGCCCAGUCUUGUCGUCCAUCACUAUGAUGUUGCCGUCGAGGGCUUAGUGAACAAGCACGGCACCGUCGGCGACGUCCCACCAACACUCGGCCGUGAGAUCUUCUCCGCCUUGAAGGCCAUGGACGCUUUCGACAAACUCCCAGUAGUCUACGAUGGCAGAAAGAACUUGUUCUCGCCCAAACUACUCAAGUUUCCCAAUGACAAACAGACCUUCGACGUCAACAUAGCCACCACAGCCGAACGCGCCGCCAAACGUGACCGUUCGUUCAAGGUCGUUAUCACCAAAGUUAACGAGGUCAAACUCGACAAUUUACUCAAAUAUGUCAAGAAGCAAGUCGGAUCCACUCCGGAUGAGGGUGUUUACGUUGCCAUAACCGCAUUGAAUGUCUUGUGCAACCAUGAUAUGAUGAUGAAUCACGUCAACUCAAAGAACAAGUUCUUCCCUCGCCCUGCCACGACCCAUGCAGAGACGGACAUGUUCUACCGGCUCAAAGGCGCUGUCGACAUGUGGCGUGGUUACUUUAGCUCGAUCCGUAUGGCUCCUGGUGGCGUCAUCUUGAAUUUCGAUUUGACUUCUCAGCCCAUGUUGAAAAGUGGUAACCUCGUCGACGUGGCUUGUGCUAUGAAUGGAACCCCAGGCGAACCUAACUCCCUCAGGGGCCUCCGACCUGCCCAAUUGACCAUCCUUGCCCGCUCUCUGAAAUUGCUGAAAGUCUCUGUCAGUCGAGUCGACAAGACCAUCUUGAGGACCAAAAUCAAAGAUGUUGCACCCUCAGCUAGAGCUAUGACUUUUGAGGCUCCUGUCUCGCCGGAUUCGAAUGUGAUGAAGAAGUGGAACGUCGCUGACUAUAUCGAAUUCACUUACAACAUGAAACUUAGGGGUGCCGAUCUCCCCGUUGUCAAAUUAACUGCCAAGGGAUGGUACCCUCUCGAAAUUUGCAACGUUGAACCCGGCCAAAAGUACAAUAAGAAGUUGGCUCCAGAGGAACUCUCUAACUGUAUUAAGUGGUUGACAGUUAAACCCCAAGAGCGAACCCGAAUGCUCACCGAUGGAAUCCGCAAUCACGUCAAGACUGCUCCCACUCUUGCUCAAUGGGGUGUCCGCAUGGACGCAUCUCCGCUCGUCAUCCCCGCUCGCCGAUUAGCCCCGCCCAACCUGCUCUAUCAACCAUCCAAGAACUCUACCAAAGCUAUAGACGGUGCUUGGAACAUGGCAAACAGGCUGUUCCUCAAACCUGCGACUAUAACUAGUUGGGUUGCCGUAGUCCUUGGCCAACCUUCAGGAAGACCUUUCCUUCCUCAGCAUGCUGCCCAACAUCUAGCCGGACUUGAACACGCCAUGAAGGCCGCAGGCAUGCAAGUAAGUGGACUUCAAGGGCCGACCAUUUUUCCUAGGCAAGGAGACCCUCUCUCGCCCUCGAACGAGAACUCGGUGGGCCAAUGGAUCAUGUCCAAGGUUAAAAGUAAACCUCAGUUGAUUGUCGUCUUCCUGAGAGACAAAAAUGCGUGGGAAUACCGCCAGAUCAAACUUUUCGGUGAUUCGGUUCAAGGAAUUGCCACUCAAUGCAUGGAUGCUAAUAAAGUCACCUCGAAGGGCAAUGCUCAAUACUUUGCAAAUGUUGCGCUCAAGAUCAACCUCAAGCUUGGAGGUGUCAAUCAUAGCGUUGGUAACGGCCGAUUUUUCCAAACUCGCACCAUGGUAUUGGGCGCGGAUGUAACUCAUCCCGGAGGAGAUAGCUUAGAGCCUUCCAUCGCCGGGGUCGUCGGUUCUACCAACGAAUAUGGCGGUGGCUAUGGCGCUGAAUUUUCUGUGCAACCGGGUCGUCAAGAAAUUAUUUCUGACCUCCACCACAUGGUCAAAGAACUCUUGAUCAAAUUUGCUCAGCGCAACAACGCUUUGCCGGAUAAAUUGAUCUUCUACCGUGACGGUGUUAGUGAAGGGCAAUUCCCGGAUGUGGUUGCGAAGGAAAUCCCCUUGGUCCGACAGGCCAUGCGAGCAGUUGGGGAAAACGCCAAAUACACAGCCCAGGCAGCCGCCAUGAAGUUAACAUACAUCAUCUGUGGAAAGAGACACCACUUCAAAUUUGGGCCCACAUCGUCUGACGAAACCGACCGAUCUGGUAACUUGCGCCCGGGGGUGAUUGUUGACACGGAAAUCGUUCACCCGUUCGACUUCGAUUGGUACGGACUCAGUCAUGGUGGACUCCUUGGAACCUCCCGGGCUUCCCAUUACACUGUCUUGGUCGAUGAUGCCAAACACAAGCCUGAUGAGAUUCAGACUCUUACUUAUCAUUUGUGUUACACUUAUGGUCGAGCUACUCGCUCUGUAUCCAUCGCCACGCCGGCGUACUAUGCCCAUCAUGUUUGCACCAGGAUCAAACAGUUGCUAGCUGGCGUUGACCCUCGUCAAAGCAGCACCAGUCCUACUGAUAUCGACUUGGACAACGCGUUGAGAGAGUACAAGACUAGGGCCGGUGAAAUCCGAGCCGCCUUCCGCGCCAACUACGUGAAGGCCGGUAACUUCCCGGUCCCCGAGUACUGGAUGUAG